AUGGACAUCACCUCAGUACUGGAAGCGCUUAAAGAUUUUGAGAAGAGAGGCAAGAAAGAGACUAUUCCACUUCUAGAACAAUUCCUAUGUCAUGUGGCCAAGACUGGAGAACCACUGCUUUCAUGGACAGAAUUUAAACCCUACUUCAUGUUUAAGUUGGAAAGCAUCAUGGAUAGUUUUCAUGCCUCAGCGCCAGAGCAGAGACUUACAGAUAACCCGAAUGUUGAGCAUGUAACCUUCGAGGAGAUGAAGAACAGAAUUCUAAAAAUAGUUGAUGGUUACAACGGGAUUCCAUUCACUAUUCAGCGACUAUGUGAACUUUUGGCAGACCCUAAACGAAAUUAUUCAGGAACUGGGAAAUUUCUCAGGGGCUUGGAGAAGAAUGUCAUGGUCGUCAGCUGUUUAUUUACUACAUCAGAGAAAAAUGGGUCAGUACAUGCGAGCAGAAUGAAUGGGGUGAUGUUUCAGGGUGAUUCCCAAUAUUCAGAAAGUCGGAACAUCAAUGGACCAAGCAGUACAAAACUACUAAACAGAUCCAGGCUGGUUUUGGCAUCUUCGUUUUCGUCCAAUGGGCUCCCAGAGGGUCAAGAGAGCAAGAUGACAACAGAGAAACCGGAAGAUCAAAUCAGUGAUACUGCGUUAUCAGAAGAGGAAGUGUCUCUAAACGUCAGGACUAAAAACAAGCAUGAGGAGGAGAGGGAGGAUGAGGAGGGUGAGGGUCCGGAGGUGAAGAGGUUGAAGUGUGAGGCUGAAGAGAAGGGGCUGGAGCGUCUGUCAGAACCACUGCUGUCCAGUCCUGAAGAAGACCACACUGCUGCUCGAGGCCAGACACCUGCUAUUUCAGGGAAUCAACAAGAAAGUUGUGAAAACCAGAGCACGACAUCUGAAGAGAAGAAUUCAAAAACAGAGAUUGUGGAAGCAGCUGGGGAUCGACAAGAGGCCGAUGCUCACUCAGAGACAAUUGCAGACUCUGAAGCAGACGCAGUACAGACCAGUGACAGUGGAGGUGGAGAGGAGCCAGAUUCUUCAGAUUUGACCAACAGUGAUGUUGACUCUUCAGACAGCUCGACAACAGAAAAUAAAGCAGAAGAACAAGACUGA